UCAACAUAUAUUAAUUCUGUUAUCUCUAUAGAGAUACCAGUUUCAAAUGCAACCUGAAAAGUAAACAAGACUUUAAUAUAUCGUCCAUGUUCUUGGAAGCAAGCCAGAGUUGAACAGUGCAAAAUCUCAAAAAUGGGCCAAUGGUUCAUAACAUUUAUUGCGCUCCUCGUAAUCCAAACUGGAAUUCAUGCUGAAACUGAUACCUCCAAGAUUACUGUAGCCACACCACUUGGAUUAGUUGAAGGAUAUGUUGUAAACACCAUCAACUCAAAUCCUUUCUAUAAAUUUGAAGGCGUUCCGUUUGCUAAACCGCCAAUUGGAAAAUUAAGAUUUGAAGAUCCUCAAGAUGUGGAACCAUGGAACGAGACUUUGAAAGCAAAUUCCAUGAUAAAAUGUAUGCAGUACGACCAUUUUCAGCAAGAAAUCGACGAAACAUACGUUGUACAUGGGAACGAAGACUGUUUGUAUGUUAACAUCUACACUCAUACUACGAACUUAAGUGCAAACUUAGAUGUACUCGUUCAUAUUCAUGGCGGAGCAUUUAUGUUUGGCGGGGGAGGAAGUUACGGCCCAUACAUUAUUAUGGACAGGAAUAUCGUAUUUGUAACCUUCAACUACAGAUUGGGACCUUUAGGUUUCGCAACUACAGAAGACGACAUUUUGCCCGGAAAUGUGGGCUUAAAAGAUCAAACUAAAGCGUUAAAGUGGAUAAAGGAAAACAUAAAAUAUUUUGGAGGAAAUCCUGAUACAAUUACUAUUCAUGGCCUAUCUGCUGGGGGUGCCAGCGUCCAUUUGCAUUACAUGCUGCCAGCUUCCAGAGGUCUUUUCAUCCAUGGAAUAUCACAAAGUGGAUGUGCCCUAAAUCCGUGGGUAUUAGCGGAAAACGUUAAAGAAAAGACUGCAAAAGUAGCCAGUUUACUCGGAUGUCCAACAUCAAAUUCGAAAGAAAUUAAAACGUGUUUGAAAAGUAAACCUGCGAGAGAAAUUGUUCGGGCCACAAGAGUAUUUCAGCCAUUUCUAUACAAUCCAUUUUCCCCAUUCGGGGUGGUGGUGGAUGGAAAAUGGGCUUCCAACCCAGUGUUACCAGAGCAUCCGUACAUGCUGCUUAAAAAAGGAAAAAUUUUGGACCUUCCAUGGAUAGUAUCUUACACCCAUGAUGAAGGUUUAUAUCCUGCUGCAGAUUUUUGGGCUGAUAAACAGCAUUUAAUCGACAUUGACACAAAAUGGAACGAAAUAAUGCCUUUUAUAUUGCACUACAAUGAAAGUGCUCCAUCGGACUUAAAAGAUGAAAUAUCUCAACGAAUAAGAGAACAUUACUUGGGGAGUAAACAGGUCAAUCGGCAAACCUAUUCCACGUUAGUCGAGAUUGUGAGCGAUCGUUUGUUUAAAGCUGAUAUAGAAACGUCCGCCAGGUUACAAAACGCUGUUGUAACAUCAGAUAUUUACUGUUACACAUUCACCUAUCGAGGUAGAGUCAGCAAAUCUACUGCAAGAGCCAAAUCCGUGGUAAACUUAGGAGUUUCUCACGGCGACGAUACCAUCUACGUCUUCAGUACUAAAUUUGAUACAAACUCCACUGAGAAAGACAGAGAAAUGAGCAAAACUUUAAUUGACAUGAUCACAUCAUUUAUGAAAGAAGGAAAACCUAACAUAACAACCAAAUGGCAACCUUUGAUCAAACGACACAGCGAACUGCUCAGCCAAUUAAACAUUGCUGGGCCAGAAGACUAUGAAAUGGAACACGUAAAUGAAAUUGGCAAUCGGGAGUUUUGGGACCGCCUUCCUCUGGCAGAAAAUCAUAAUAUAAAUGAGUUUUCGAAUCAUGAAGAAUUUUAAUAAUACAUUUUCCAUUAAUUAGUUUUGCGCAAAGUCGUAUAGACAAACCAUAUAUUUUGAAAAGUAUUUCAAACAUUAAUCGUUAAUUUUUUUAAUCGAAUACGUUGUAUCUUAUUACAUGUUUUAGAAACGAUAUUUUUAGAUUUUGAAAAAAAGCAUUUUACCUUUUAAACAGGCUUAAUAGUUUUGGACCUGAAGCAAUGGAAACAUUUUAUUGCUCUGUUUUUGGUUCGAUAAUAAAUAUGUCUACAAACA